AUGAGCUCAGACAUUGAAGUUUUUCAGGAGAUGGAGCUUGAAAAGAAGCCAAAGAGACGAUUCUCUCGAAAACAGCUGAGGGCGAGCCAAGGGCUUCUCACAAUGCAGGCAAAGACCAAUAUCUACUCCAGCCAGACUGGCAUGACAUGUUUUGGAGCCGUGCGGCAUGGAUCGGACAUCCGCGCUGACAACUCGUGUCCAGAGGGUCAAGGAGAACUUACUCAAACAGCAAAGACGAAUGUAUUCGCCAGUCAGAAGGGUAUGACCUGCUUUGGUUCUGUUCGCCAUGGUCCCGAUAUCCGGUCAGACGAUGCCAGUUCGGAGGGGCUCUCCACACUAACUCUUCAGACGGGGACGAAUCAAUUCGCCUCGCAAGCUGGUAUGACCGGGUUCGGUUCGGUCCGACAUGGCCCCGACAUACAUGUUACUGAACUUUAUGAUGAAGGCAAUGACGACGAAUAUCCGACUGAUGAAGAUGAACCUUUACCUGUAAAACCUGCCAGAAAACUUCGAGAGGAAAUCCACGAGGUGAACGAGCCGGCACAACAAAACGGUGACAUUGAACGAAAACCUGAACCGGUGGUUCAGCAUGAAAAUUUGCCGGAAGUUAUUGCAGAAGAAACAAACGAGGUCGAAGAGACAGAGGAGCAGCAAGAAUCUGAAACUGAACAACCACACGAAGAAGAAACUGAACAAGAAACUGAACAGCAAGAAGAGAUGGAAGCUGACGUAGCAGAGCCUGAAGACGAUUAA